GGUAUUAAACCUAAAGGACCGGCGGUUUACGUGCGAGAACGACUCCACAAUAAAGAUUAAUUCGAUAGUUUUAAAUGCAAAGGGUACGAGAUGGAAUGAAUAGAUAUAUCUACGGGAAAUCAAUGGACGUCUGAGUCAAUCAAUAUUUAUUUAAUUCGAUAGUGGAUUGAAUUAUCUUUCGGCAGUUAGGCCUAAAGUGUUGCUGAUAGGCUUAACAUCAUCUCACUUUAGAUCGUUUGAGCGAAAAGGAUAUUCAUGAUCUGAUACUUAAGUGUUCGUAUUACAAUUCUUGCUUACCCUUCUACGCCCUACUGUUUUACAGGGUGAUUAUGGAUGAAAGAUCGUUCGAAGAUAGCGAGUUAGAUAUACCAGCUGUAUUACCAUUCAAAUCUUAUAACGAGAUCAAGGCUAAACAACGAGCUUCAAUAUUAUGGCUGGUUUCAAAGGCAUAUAAUCAUAGGAUUCCAAGUGAUCUCAGGGAACCUUGCUAUAGGGAUCAUGAGGGUGAAGAAAGAUUGAAACCACAAAUUAUUCAUUCCUUAGCUAAUGCUGAACUUUAUUGUUUAGCACUUGCUAAUAUUUAUGCUGAUCCCAACUAUCAUAAUCUCAACCACAUCGGUAUAAUUCAGUUAUUAAUGAGAAAGGGUGUAGAUGUUCUUGAACCACCAGAUGCAUCUCUCACUGAAACUGUUCUUGUACAGACUGCACCUAUUAAAAUGAGUGCACAUAUGGCAGUUAUUGAAAGUAUAAUGGCAUUGUAUAUAAAAGAAGUUUUAAUACCCGAGAAAGUAAUGGAAGUAAUUAGUAGGUUUUCGGUUAUAAGGUUACCUAUUGAUAAACCUAUUGAUGCAAAACAUGCAGCCUUACUUUGGAUUAAUAAAUCCUGUGUAAAGAUGAGACAUAGAAUUGAAGAAGAAUUAGGUUCUUAUCGGAGUCCUGGUGAAACAGAAGUUAAUCUGGAAGAUUACAGGCUAUGCUGUACAGCCAUCUGUCGUAAGCCUACACUACAUAACCACACAUUCCUUCAGACUGACCGACAUGUAGUGCCCUGUAUCCCGAUUGCCCAAGACUUGAAUGACCUAAGUGAUGGAUGCUGUCUAGCUGCUCUACUGUGUUUUUAUUGCCCUGGAUAUCUUAAUUGGCAAGAUGUUCGUCUCAGCGAUUCACCUAGUCUUGCAGAUUCAGUGUAUAAUCUUCAAUUAGUCCAGAGAUUUUGUCAAGAAUAUCUUCCUCAUGAUAUUCACUUUCUCACUCUGGAGGAUUUCAUCUAUUUACAUUCCUCAGUGCAUCAGAAUAUAUUAGCAUUAAUAGCUGAUUUAAUGUAUUUAUUUGAAAUUCGGCCAGCAAAAUGUGUUAACAGACCAGGUAUAAGAGAAGAAAUUGAACAGAGUCUUGUUUUAGAAGCUCCAAAGCGUUUAAGUCAAAAUGGACAGUCACCUCAGGUAAUUAGUAAACCUCGUUCAUUUCGUCACACAAAAAGUCCAAUUCCAGACUUGAGAUCGGGUGCCUUUGGUGGUUCUAAUUUUAGUCUUCCAGAUAUUAAUAGAUCCAGUCCCCAAUCAAAUGGAAACUGGCAACAGAGAGAGAAAAUGACAGGUUCAAAAUUAUCUAGUAACCAAAUCAGGCGAAUUAACUCAAUGUCUGAUUCCAGGAAGACUUUACAUGAACCUCAAGAUAUUCCAGCCACUGACAGAUUAGAAGAAGAUGAAGAAUUAGCAGGUUAUUUUAUAGAUGAACUUCCAUCAACACAUGAAUUUGGAGAUCAGAAAAUAAGUGAUCAUGGCACAGGAUAUGUUUCUCCAUCUACAUUGCAUUUAGAAUCAACCUGUGUUAUAGACAGUGAUCAGAUUCGAGAACCAUUACUGCCUACUCAUAUAAAAAAGUUAAAGGAAAAAAAUAAUCAUGACACAAAAAGACAGGAAAGAGGAGAAGAUUAUAUUCGACCAUCUGAAGUUGAUUUUAGAACAGAUGAUAGGAAUACUGAUAUUAAGCAUCAAGAUUCAGAAUUAAAUAAUCAAGGUGAAAUUGAUGAGCAUGAAGAUGAGAAUUUAUAUGAAGAAAUAAUUCAACGAAGUGAAGAUGAUGAUGGUGAUGAUGUACAGGUAAAAGCAGGAUUGCAGGAUUAUUAUAGUCAGUUAGGUACUGAAUAUCCUAAAGAAAAUGAUAUUUAUGAAGUCAUACCACAUCAGAAAAGUUGGCAUGAUAAGAGAGUUAUUACAGAUAUCAAUGAUAGUGUUUAUGAUAAAGAAAAAGCAGUGUUGGAGAUUGCAGAUCCAUAUGAUAAUCUUUAUGAAGAAGUAAAACAUUUAAAAGGUUUAACUACUAGUUUUGCUGAUUUGUGUAAAUUAAAGAAAAGUCCAAGUAAUGCUAUUAAUAUAGUUUAUAUGCAAACAAACAAUAUGAAUAGUAAUAAUAAGCCACCUGCAAAAUCAAAUCCAUUAGGCUCAGACUCUACAGAAAAAAAUCAAGAUGAACAAGAUUCUUCUAAUAAAUCAAAUUCUUAUUCCAGAAGUAAUGUAGCUGAGAGUGAUGCAUCAAUACAGUCUCAAAUGUACAAUAUAAGAUUAAAAUUAGAAGAAAGAAGAAAAAAGAUUGAGAAAGAAAAGAAACGCAUUGAAAAUAUUUGGAGACAUCAGCGUCAGAGGCUAGGCAAAGCUGCAUUCCUACAGGCAGUAACAAAAGGUACAGUAUCAGAAGCUAGUACACCUGAUAGUAAUGCAGAAAAAGAAUUACCAGUGGCAGAAACUGAAGUCGAUUUAGCUGCAGUGCCAGUAGUGCAAGAAUCAAUUCAAGAUAUUGCUGAAGAUUUAAAUUUAGUAAAAAAACAGUGGCUUUUACAAAAUGGAUCAAGUGAUAAAUUACAAAAAGAAAAUAUUUCUAAAAGUGGACAAUUGGAUAUGAAUGUAGAAGAAUUCCAAACUUCCAUAGAGCAAUUAAAUAAUAGCCUAACAGAUCUGCAGACUGAUAUUGCGAAUCUUUCUAGUCAACAGGACAUGAUUCAAAAAAUGAUGAAUACUUAUCCAUCACAAUCUCAACAAGAAGAAAAAUUUUUCCUUCAUAAUCAGCAAGGAAGGACUCAGGAUGAAUCUUUACCUGUAAAUCAGAGUCCAUGGAGAAACCAGCAAUAUACUCAUUUAUCAGAUACCCCUACUUCUCCACGUAGAGGACAGUGGGGUCAUGCAGUUACACAUAUUCCCGAACAACCUCCUCAAAGACAACAAUGGCAAACAGCACCACCUGUAAUGCGACCUUCCUCUGUUGAACCACAAAUGAUGACAGGUCAUUCAAUUCCUAUGCAAACUCAACAAUAUGAUCAAAGACCACCAUCUGCUGCUCCUUUUAUAGAAAAUAGUCACCAAGGAUUUACUUUACAUCCUUCAAGAUCAGAUAUGUAUUCAACAUAUGAUUACAGGUUAUCUCAAACCCAACCACAGUCACAACCACCUUCUCAACCUCAUUCAAUGUAUCACAAUGGACCAAUGGAAAAUGUUUCUUUAAAUCAAUAUGGAUACAGUCAAUAUGCUAAUAUGCCCAGUCAUAGUUAUAGCAGUUUACAAAAUAUACCUCAGGAUCAAUAUAAAAGUAUGAUGUAUACAACACCCUCAAUUCCACAGCCAGUUCACAACUAUCCUCAGAAUUCUUCACAUCCUUUCCACCUUCAGCAAGAACCAACACAUCCAAUGUCUAUGCCACCUACUUCUCAAUAUCAGUCUUAUCCUACAUUUACAAGAAGUCAAGGAGAAAUGAUUAAGCAACAGUUUGAAAAAGCUUUAGGAAAUAAUUCAUUUGCACAAGAUGAUGAUAAUAAUGCUGCUCCAAAUGUAACUGAUGAAUUUGGCAGACCUGUUGGAUCUGCAAAAUUAUCAUCAUCACCUCCUAAUAAACCUGUUUUAGGUAAAACCUUUCGUAUAUCAAAACCAAAAAUUACUUCUCCUCCUCCAAAUAGGGGAGAGUCGCCUCCUCCUCCUCCUCCUCCUAAUGAAGCAGAUCAAAAUAGUCAACCAUCUACUCAGGCAUCAAAUGAUACGGGAGAAAAUGAUAAAGGUUUUUAUAUAUCCUUUGAUGACAAUCAGCCUCGUAAACCAAAACCAAAACUUCGGCCACGUCAAGUGAAAGCAAGACAACAACAGAGGAGGGCAGAAAUAGAAGCAGCAAAUGGUCAUAAAGAAACUACAUAUAAUGAUUCACCUCAGGGUUCAUCUGGUACAGGUGAUACUACGUCACCUUCAACUGAAUCAGUUAAAACAUCUCCAGGACAACAAAAUGCUGAAGCUAACAAUCAACCUGGUGUAGGGUUUGUUAUAGGAGCUGAUUUUGUCAGUCCUAAUCCAGAUGCUGAACUUGAAAUGGCAAGAAGAAAAGAGAUGAUUAUGAUGAUGUCAUUACGACGAAGAGCUGAACAAGAAUCAAAGCGAAUCAAAAAAGAACAAGAAUAUGCCUGGCAAAGAGAACAAGAAAGAAUGAAGAAAGAAAUACAAGAAAGGAAGAAGGAGGAAGAAAAAUUAAGAAGACAAAUGAUUUUAGAACAAUAUCGUCAUAGAAAGGCUCAAGAAGCAGAAGAAAAAGAAGGUGGAGGUUCAGCUUCAAAAGAAUAUAAUGUUUCUAAUAGUAGGACAGGCACUCUCACAAGGCCAAAAACAAGAUCAGCAUCAGCAACCAGACCAAGACCAAAAUCAAUCCAUGUGGGUAGUGGUAGUCAUGAUUCACUUGCAUCCAACUUAGGAACAGGAAAUAAUUAUCAUGACGAUACAGCUUCAGUUCACAGUUUGGAUAUCCCUUCCCCACGUAAAUCGGCCGGUGGCACUUCUCGUAAUCUUCUGUCACCUACACAGUCGGGUGGUCACUUUCCGGGCCACCCACCUCUACCUUUGAACUUACUCAGUGCACGAUAUAAAGGUUCUGGACCUCCAAGUGACGGUGCAUCAGAUACCAACUCAACUACAUCAUCUGUUACAGCAGCAGAAUAUACAGGUCCAAAACUAUUUGUCAAACCAACAACUAAAUCAAAUAGGGGAAUUAUAGUAAAUGCAAUAAAUACUGUAUUAGCUGGUGCUGUUAAUAAUGAAACGAAAAAGAGAGUAUUAGAGCAAAGUUUUGAAAAUGUUUCUAGCAAACAUUUCCUGAUACUGUUCAGAGAUGCCGGCUGCCAGUAUAGGGCCAUUUAUUCUUAUAAUCCAGAUACAGAAGAAGUUUUCAAAUUAAACGGAAUUGGACCCAAAUUAGUUACGGAUCAGAUGAUGGAUAGAUUUUUUAAAUACAAUUCCGGCGGGAAGUGUUUUACGGAAGUUCACACCAAACACUUAACGGUCACCAUCGAUGCCUUUACUAUCCAUAAUAGUUUAUGGGCAGGGAAAAAAGUGGUUCCUCCCAAGAAAGACUUUUUUUGAAUCAUUGUGAUGGAUUACUCAGUAAAGUGCCAAGAUCAAGAAUGUGUGAUAAUCUGUGGGCAAAAUGUUCUUCCAUGUUAAUCCUUCCGACACCGUCAGUGUGACAUGGAGGAAAUUAUGUACAUAGUUCUGUAUGUAGUAUAUAUAUACAUUGUCCCCGUUUUCCUAACAUUCCACCUACAGAUGUCGGCUGCAGCUUUGGAUGUGCUGGCAUAUACAAUUUCCAAUCUGCAAGCUUAUCAACAAAACAUUGGAACUUUGUUAAAAGUCUAAUAUAAUGUGGCUCAGGGGAGCUUAACCCAA